UCUAUUUAAUAUUGGAAUCUUGGGGGUGAUGCAUCCUAACCUUAACAAGAAAAGCAAAAGCCGGUUCUCAUUCCCACAAUAUCCUCUCUUUAGCCCUCUCUUUUUGACUCCCAAAUCUAACACCAUGUUUCCCUUUGUCUUUCUCGAUUCUUGUGCUUUAGUCUUUAGCCCCUUUCACCCACACCCAUAUAAAUUCUCUCUAUGCUAUACCACUUCCCACUCUUAAAACAUCCAUCAUAAACCACACCAUGGCGGUUGAUGUGUGUUCAGAGGUCUCAAGCUUAGUAGUCAGCCCAAGAAUCUCCUUCUCUCAUGACCUCAAAGAAUCAGACAGGAUGAUCCUCACCCCUGUCCGAGAAUCCCAUCCUCUCAUCUCCACCAUUGAUUUCGAUUUCUGCAUCACAACCGACCAAAUCUUCUCCUCGGCAGACGAGCUCUUUGCCAAUGGCAAAAUCCUCCCCGUUGAUCUCAAGAAACCCUCACCACCAAAACCCACUUUUCACCAUUCUUCUUCUACUAAUGAACCCACCCAAGCUCUUGGAAAUGGGGAUUUGCGGCACACGAAACGACAUAUGCUUAAAGAGCUCCUAUCACUAUCAGCAAACUCAGAAGAAGCGAAACCGCCGCCACCUGCAAAGCCACCAUUCUGGCAGUUCAAAAGAAGCUUUAGCUUGAACUGCGAAAAUGGCCGGAGCAAUAGCCUCAUAAGAUCUCUGCAGUUUCUGUCGCGAAGCAAUUCUACAGGCUCUGCACAGAAUCAGCGGCGGAAUUCAAAGAAAGAGCCUCCGCCGGCGGUGGUGGCUAUGCGCGCCGCAUCAUCAUGCGGUGGCGACAUUCACAGCCACCCUUUGAGAAGUUCAUCUAAAAAGAGCAGUAGUAGUAGUCCAUUAAAGAAGAGUAGGAGUGGUAGAGCUUAUGGUAGUUUAAAAAUUAGCCCUGUUUUGAACAUCCCACCUGCUUAUAUUUCUAAAGCGACUUUGUUUGGUCUAAGUUCAUUAUUUUGUAAUGCCAAGUCCAAAAAGAAGAAAAAAUGACAAGUACAGUGUGCUUUAUAUGCUUCUUGAA